AUGGAGACUCGCCCGUUGAGGUCGAUUCCAAGGGAGCUGAGUAGUAACCUUGCACACACUUCUUCAAUACCAUCUUUACCAAACCACUCAGUAGCAUCAGACAUUUCCUUCAAUUCGGAACACAAUCAUCAGCUCAUGUCGAGGCCGUAUCAUUUGCUCUCUGCUAACGGUGGAUCAGUUGGUCAUAUCUAUUCAAAUGAUCUCCAUAACAACACUUCCAUGGUGUCUAAUGAGAAACACAUUGCAAGCAGUAACAACACACCUUUCAUCUCUGAGACAUUAGCUUGGAGCCCAGCUACACUCUCUGAUCUUCUUGAGUUUCCUUUGGAUUCACCUAUCCGAAGCAGUCAAAUGCAUGAUGGUGGCAUUGUGGCUACUGAUGACAUUCAAAAACAAAGUGACUGGACAGCAUUGGCAUUGGAUGAGGAAUUGAUCACUGAUGAGAAUCCUCUAUUGUCUUCUGACUGGAACGAUCUUUUCCUUGACACAACUUCCGACUCAGCUUCGAAGGUCCAAAAACCAACUAUGCAAUCACAGAUUCAACAACCCCAAGUUGUUCUGCAGCAGCCAUCUCCUUGUGUGGAGUUGCGACCUAUUGCUAGAACAGUAUCCUCAAACAGCAACAACAACAGUUGCAACAGUAAUAAUAAUGCGGCAGCUAAGGGACGUAUGCGUUGGACACCAGAGCUUCACGAGGCUUUUGUUGAGGCUGUUAACCAGCUUGGCGGCAGUGAAAAAGCAACUCCCAAGGGUGUGUUGAAGCAUAUGAAAGUUGAAGGAUUGACUAUAUAUCAUGUUAAAAGUCAUUUGCAGAAAUAUAGGACAGCUAGAUAUAUACCAGAACCAUCAGAAGGUCCGUCAGAGACGAAGUUGACACCGAUUGAGCAAAUUACAUCUCUUGAUACGAAACGUGGGAUUGAUAUCACUGAGGCUCUGCGACUUCAAAUGGAAGUUCAGAAGCAACUGCAUGAGCAGCUCGAGAUUCAAAGAAACAUGCAACUCCGGAUAGAAGAACAAGGAAAGGCCUUGCUGAUGAUGUUUGAGAAGCAAAAUAUGGGUUUUGGCAAACCGGAACAAGAAGACGAAACAAGUGCGAAAACGCCUGAAAACGGUACAGAGGAAUCAGAUUCCCCGCGAUCAAAGCGUCCGAGAAUCGAAUGA